GUUCCUGUAACAAUGUUACACUUGAAGUGUAUCAUUCUGUCAUAUGUACAUGAGCAAAUGUCAUCUGUUAACCUUUAAAAAAAUGUUCAAAACACUCGCCGUUUCUGCCGCUAGAUUUGCAAUUUUAUCAACAAAAUCGGCCUCAAAAUGUCUUAUAAACACCAUUCCCAAACCAACAGUGUCGCAGUUACUUCCUCAAUCUAACAGAAGUUUGUGCUCAAUCGUAACCUCUAAUCUACAACAGAAACCUUUGCUGCAACCCCUACCUCAAAUCAGCAAUGAAAUAACUAGAACGUUGACUAAAUACUCGUUCAGAAAGGGCAAAAGGAAAUCUCAGAAGAAAGCCCUAAAAAGAUUCUACAGGCUGAAUUGGGGCAUCUGGAUCAGGACAAAGGCUGGCAGACACAGGAAACUGUGGAAGAAGUCAUCUGCAAGAAAGCGUAGAUUGAGGCAGCACGUCUUCUGCAACGCAACUCAAAGCUAUAUGUUGGACAAAAUGGUCGGGGAAUACUGGCGGAGGCCAAAGUACUAUGUUGAUGACCCUUAUGAGCCUUACCAUACAAGGGAAGAGUUUCCUAUCACCGCUAUGAAACCUAGGCCAUAUUUCCCCAAAGAAGAACAAUAGUUUUGGUUGAAAAUUCUUUAUUAUCACAAAGACGUGAAUGGAACACAAUGAGUUGUAAAAAUAUCUGUAUUUGUAGUAUAUCAAAUAUAAAAAAAAGGUUUUACACAA